AUGUUGUCCACUCUUCAGCCCAACACCAACUCCCACUUCACCAAUAACGCCUCCGGCGACGGUGACGGCGGGUCCGGUGGCUUCUCCGCCUCCCAGAUCGAGGCGCAGCGUUCGCUCAAGUCGUCGAUCCAGGAGCUUACUUCGGGCCAGCACGAUGCCGACGCUUCUCUGCUCACACCGUACGACGAGCUGCCAAAGGAGAUCACGGGCCCCACUGUUUGGGAUGCCGCCUCGUACGCCGGUGCCGAAAACGCCGCCAAGUGGGUGCACACGUUCACGCAGCACGAGGUCUCUCAGCUCGAGUCGGCCGCACAGCUGUGGCUCGAGUCAGGCCGAGAGCUCGGCGAGAUCGAGCGGUCCACUUUCCCCUUGCCUUCCGACUUGGUUGCUACGCUCACCACGCUGCGCAAGCGCCUGAUCGAGGGACACGGCUUCUACCUCUUCAAAGGCUUGCCCACCAAGCGAUGGGGCAACCGUCUGUCCGCCAUCGCCUACCUGGGUCUCGGCUCGUACCUCGGCAACGUCGUCUCGCAGAACCGCUACGGUCACAUUCUGGGCCAUGUCAAGGACCUCGGCGAGGACCCGACGGCGAUCGACAAGGUUCGCAUCUACCGUACCAAUGCGCGCCAGUUCUUCCACACGGACUCUUCGGGUGGGAUCGUCGGGCUGCUGUGCCUGCACAAGGCGGUCGAAGGUGGCGAGUCGGACAUCGUUUCUUCGCAUGCCGUGUGGAACCACCUGCAAGCAAACCGCCCUGAUGUCGCCAAGCUGCUCGCCAGCAACAUCUGGCACUUUGACCGCAAGGGCGAAGUCUCGACCAACGUCGGCCACCAGAACGGCUGGGUAACGCGCCCCAUCGUCCACCUCCGCAAAGGUCAACCACCCAACCGCCUCAUCCUCACGUACGACCCGUACUACCUCAAAUCGAUCCAGCGCCACGUCGACGCAGGCCUCAUCCCAGCACUCUCGGAACAGCAGAAGGAGGCCAUGCAGGUGCUCGAAGACACGGCCAAGCUGCUGAGUCUGCACAUGGUCUUGGAUGUGGGCGAUAUCCAGUUUGUCAGCGACGUGCAUGUGCUGCAUGCGAGGACCGAGUACAAGGACCCGGCGCCGCCUGCGCCGAGGAGACACCUGUACAGGCUCUGGCUCGCCGUGCCCACCACCGAGGGGGGUUGGCACAACGCCUACCCGGACAACCACCUCCAGCGACGAGGCGGCAUCCAGGUCAACGACACCAAGCCCACUUACCCCCUCGAUGGAGAGUAA